AUGACCUCUGAUCCGAAAGUUGGCGAUGCCAUACCUUCCCCCAGUUCUGUGCCAGCCAAUACCGAUACAUUGAACGUGCAGAGACACCCCGCGGAAUCUUCCAGAGCGGAAACCAGACGCAGAGUUAGGUCUAGACCGCAGAAGCAAGCGACUGAAAGAGGAUUUCUCAAAUACCCUCUAAGAUACAUCCUGCCAAAGCCUCCCAUGUCUUCUGGACAGCAAAAUCUUUCUGAAGCCGGUUCAAACGGUGGUCAGUCAGGCACCACCAUGGCCAUUCAGCCUGAUACCGACGACAGAACUGCCCCCCAUGCCGAGCAAGAGAGCUGGAGUAUAACCAACCUGCCCGACAUCCUGUAUGUCUUGCGCCCAGGAACCGAGAAUGCCAAAUGCAGACAUCGCGUCCAUCGCAACGUCGGCCCCAUCUUCGGCAAGAUGAUUCGUAACCUCCCCGUCCUCCCAACUCGUCUCUCCUCUCAAGUUGAAGGCUGGCGUCUGGAAACCUGGAUGCGUCUGGACCGCCGGGUGACUCCAGCAGAUAUAAUGGACCGCAUCAACCCGCUCUUUCGCUCCAACAUGACAGAGAACGAUGUGGAAUACCGGCGCCACCUGUUCCGCCAGGCCUUCCUAGUCGCUCACUGGGGAAAUCAGAAGUCCAUAAAUGAUGUCUGCCGUCUGGUGAAGGGCAUCGGACGUGACCCCAAGAUGAACUCCACCAGAGGCUUGACCCCUGGUCUGAUCGUGCCAGCUGAAGGAGAAGCCGGUGGGCGUAUCCCCUUGCCGCCACCACCUGCCCCUAUUCGCAUUCGCAAUAUCCCUGAACCCGUGACAAUGAACCCUAUGCCUGGCCCUCCGAAACCCCUCAUGCAGCCGGACGCAGUUGUGAAGCCCCAGUACCUAGGUGAGUGUGUGCUUUCUUUCAAGGAUCGCGACGACGAGAUAGCAAUUAAGGCCCCCCGUACUCCUAUGAGCGAAGAUCACCAAGCACUGCACCGUGGACCAGAGCUCAAGAUCUUGUUUGAGACCCCUCCUAAGGCUAAGUUUCGCGCGGUAGACCAGUCCGACGGCGAAUCCUCCAUGGCACUUGUGCCCCGGCCUCACACUCCUGACACCGACCGCAAAAGAAAGAUCGAGUUCGAUCCUGACGAUGUCUUCAGCCCGACCCCGCGUGCCAGAAGAAAGACAGUUCACCAUGAGGAUAUCCCCCCUUUCCCUGCAUAUCCUAACCCACCGAUUGAACUGGCCUCCCACGAGGGACCCCUGGCUCAUUUCUUCCCAGCACCGGUCGAGCCUGAACCAGAACAGGAAAUGAGUCUCGAAGAGUAUCUGGACCACAACAAGCUUGGAUACUUGGAGUUCUUGAAUGCUCGCUAUCUUGAUGACAUGGACUUUUCGCUGAACCGCGGCGUAGGAGCUUGGAUGUGA